UGUAGUCAUCAUUGUAGAUUUUUCCAAAAAAUUAUUUAAUUUAUGUCUUAAAACGUUUUAGAAUCAUUGAAAAUGUCGGAGAGAGACUACGCGCCACUAAGCAUAGCCUGCGUCCGCGGGCUGUGUGACAAACUAUAUGAUAAAAGGAAGUUCGCUGGAGUCGAAAUAGAGAAGAUGGUGAAGGACUUCAGCGACGCGAACAACACGAGCCAGAUCAAGCGGCUGGUGCGGGUGCUGGGGCAGGACCUGAUGGCGUCCACCAACCCCAACGUGAAGAACGGGGCGCUCAUGGGCCUCUCCUCCGUCGCUGUCGGCCUUGGGAAGGGUUGCAUAACAUACCUACCAGAGCUGAUCCAGCCAAUCGUCGCCUGCUUCAGUGAGAGUGAGUCCCGGGUCCGCUACCAAGCAGCUGAGGCGUUAUUCAACGUGGUGAAAGUGGCCCGGGGUGCGGCAUUACCACACUUCCCGCUGCUGUUUGAUGCCCUGGCUAAACUGGCAGCUGACCCAGAACCGCAGGUCAAACAGGGAGCUGAACUGCUGGACAGACUUGUCAAGGAGAUAGUGACCGAGAGCCCCGACUUCUCAGUCUCAGCCUUCGUGCCGAUGCUCCGCGAGCGAAUGUACUCGCGGCACGCCGCCGCGCGCCAGUUCUGUGUCUCCUGGCUGAGUGUGCUCGACUCCGUGCCCGCCCUGCCGCUGAGGCAGCACCUGCCACAACUGCUAGACCCUCUGCUCGUGAUGCUAGGGGACGUGCACGCAGAGAUCCGUCGCAUGUGCGACAUCCAGCUGGGCGAGUUCUUGCGCAGCAUCAAGAAGGAGCCAGCUCGCGUGGAGUUCGCCGCCAUGAUCAACAUCCUUAUCACGCACGCGCAGUCGCCGGACGAGCUUGUGCAGUUGACAGCGAUCACAUGGAUCAAAGAGUUCGUGGAGCUGGCCGGGCCCGCCAUGCUGCCGUACGCGUCGGGCGUGCUGGCGGCCGCGCUGCCCUGCCUCGCCUACUCCGACGAGCCGAGGAGAAGCAUCAGAGAAACGGCCACCAUCGUCAACAUGCAGCUGACCAAGCUGGUCGAAGCGGAGUCCCCCGCACCCUCCCCUGGUCCUGACGGCGACGAGGACAAAGGGAGAGUCAACCUGGACGCGGUCGUCGGGAUCCUGAUACAGAUGGUGCACCACAGCUCCGUGCACACCAAGGUGGCUGCGCUGGAGUGGUUCCUGCACCUGUACAGCAAGAUGCCCAACCAGAUGUCAGCUCAAUCGGGGCAAGUGUUCGUGAGCGCGGUGGGCAGCCUGACGGACGCGGCAGACGAGGUGGUGCGCCGCAGCCUCGCCGUCACCGCCGAGAUCUGCACCUGCACGCCGGCCACUCCGGGUGACUUGGAAUCGAGUCCCUAUUAUUACAAGUUCCUACAAGCUUUGCUGAGGCUGCUAGCUGCGGAUGACAAUUUAUUAGAAGACCGAGGAGCGUUUAUAAUUAGGCAACUAUGUGUUCUCUUAAACGCCGAAGACAUAUACAAAGCGUUAUCGAAGAUCCUAGUGGAGGAGCCGAACCUUAAAUUCGCCGCUACUGUAGUGGACGUAUUAAGUAUCAUCCUGCUGACGGCCGCCGAGCUGCAGCACUUGAGGCUGCAGUUGAGGAACUUUACUGCGCCGGCGACGCAGCAGCUGUUCGCGGGGCUGUACCGCUGCUGGUGCCACUCGCCGGUGUCGCUGCUGGCGCUGUGUCUACUCACACACAACUACGCGCACUGCAACGCGCUCAUAUCUACUUUUGGCGAACUGGAAAUCACGGUCGAGUUCUUAACAGAGUUGGACAAGCUUGUGCAACUCAUCGAGUCACCUAUAUUCGCUUACAUGCGACUAGAGCUGCUGAGCGGGUCGCAGAGCGCGGAGCUGCGCGGCGCCCUGUACGGGCUCCUGAUGCUGCUCCCGCAGAGCGAAGCUUUCCAUACGUUGCGUCGAAGGUUACAGUGCGCGCCGCCUCCUGACAGACCGGCGCUAACAAUACCCCCGGCGGGAGCUAGCGCGGCCGGCAUCGACUUCGAGGCGUUACUGCAGGAGUUCCGGCGCGUGCAGGCCGCGCACCGCGCCCACCGCCUCGUGGAGCGCCCGCGUCGCGACCCAGCCUACUCAUAGCGGCGGACUGUACAUACAUAGGAUACGAGUAGCAAAUCGAAACCAAUCCUGCCUUUUUAGGCUCGGUUCUUAAGUAAAUUCUAGGUUUUUAAAUUAAAGGAAAAGUAAAGGAAACGUUUCGUGUAACGUUUCUGCUUGUUAAAAAAAAUGUUUUCCCCUCACUAGCUCGGAAACACGUGUUUUAUCCUUUAAUGCCAGCGGGUAAAAACGCGUUUUAUCCACUAGUGGGUAAAGUAAUUUGAC